AAUAACGUACCAGGCAGCAGGCGUGCAGCGUUCAGAUGCAGGGACCCUCUUCUUUUAUCCUCUCUCUAUCUCUCUCUCUUCUUCCCAUCUCAGUUUCCUGAUGCGAGACACAAUUGAUUGCAAAUUCUGAGCAGAUGUCGAGUUAAACCUCUUUCGGAAGCUUCAAUUUGGCUUUCGACCCAACAAAUUUUGUGGCAACGUUUCGAUUUUUGAGGUUGUUUUGAGGAAGAUUUUGAUGUGGGGUUUGCUGUUUUCGUGUUUUUUUUUUUUCGAAACGAAAUGAUGAUUUGGAGGUAGUUUAGUCCUAUGAAGGAGAAGAAGUUGUUGGUUGGAUUAAGAAACCAGAGGGGAAAAAGAAUAACGGGUGUGGAUGGAGUUUAAUCUUGCAACGGAGAAACCGGUGGUUUUGAACUAGGGUCUUGCAGGAUUAUCUUCUUCGUUGUGGUUUGUUGAUCUUGAGUUUGUGCGGGAAUGGAUGACACCGAAGAUGAUGCGAGGUAUCCUCCUAACCUGUACGGUGGGAAUCACCAGCAGGGUUAUGGUUCUUCACAACGUCCCAAGCUUCCUGCUCGUGGUGGUGGUCCAUAUCCUAGGCCAGUCCGUAAUGACUAUGCUGAUGAUGAUGAAGAAGAUGAGACUGAUGACGAUGAAGAGUUGGGUGAGGAAGAAGAAGAUAACAAUGGUCGAAAUGGUUUUCCUUCUGUUCACAAAGGUGUUGGGGAUGAUGAUCACGAGGAUGAUAGUGAUGAUGAAGAUGAUGAGGAUGAUGAAGAGGAUAAUAAGAUGAUGGUUAGAAGGCUGGAUGAUGAUGAUUUGAAAACGCACCCUAAGAAGCGUAAGUUGAAGAGUUUGAUUUCAAGUUAUGAAUUUGCUCCUCGUUUGCCGGCUCCUCCUGCUGCUGCUGCUGCACCCUCUGCUCCAAAACAAUCAAUUGGUGGCCGGAAUGCGCUUACAGAUUGGACUGAACAUGAAACUUUUGUGUUACUAGAUGCUUGGGGUGAUCGGUUUCUUCAACGUGGAAAAAAGAGUCUUCGCUCUGAGGAGUGGCAAGAGGUUGCAGAGAAAGUAUCAGAGGUGUCAAAAAUUGAAAGGACAGACACACAGUGCCGCAAUCGGUUGGAUACCUUAAAGAAAAAGUACAAAAAGGAGAGGGCCAAGUUCGCAGAGACUGGUGGUGCCACGAGCAAGUGGGUUUACUUCGCAAAGAUGGAUAUGUUGAUGUCAUCGCUACAACAGCAAGCUGGCCUGUCUUGUGGCUUGGACUCAGGGGAGUAUGUUUUCAUGAACCCUAAAGUUUAUUUGAACCGAGCAAAUGGGUUGGAUGAGAUGCGGGAUAGUCCAGGGAAUUCAGAAUCAGCUGAGGGAGGGGAUGAUGAUUCGGAUGGGCUACCACCCAAGAAGAGAAGGUACGGAAGGGAGAAUGAUGAUCGGGGUUCCUUUAGAUUGCUUGCUGAUUCCAUUCAAAAAUUCAGUGACAUAUAUGAGAAGAUUGAAAAUAGUAAAAGGAAGCAGAUGGCAGAACUAGAGAAGAUGAGGAUGGAUUUCCACAGGGACUUGGAACUGCAGAAGAGGCAGAUUAUGGAGAGAGCGCAGGCUGAGAUAGCGAAAAUACAGCAUGGCGAUGACGAGGAGAAUGAUAACUCUGCCGAAAAUGCGAGCGGGUGAUAUCGGUAUCUAUCUGUAAUAUUAAUUGGUUAUGAUAACUAUUAGCUGUUGUUGUAACAAUUGGGGGAGACUUUAACCCCUUUCUAUUUCUUUUUGGAAAUAAGUUGUUGAUUUUAUAUCAGAUAUGGUAUUAGAAAUUAGAAAUUUCGAAUUA